AUGAUCCGCGGCGUGGAGGCGCCCAAGGCGGACCAGCCGCCGCCGCCCGUCAUCUUCUGCCACGACUCGCCGAAGCGGGUGCUGGUGUCGGUCAUCAGGACCACCCCGCUGAAGCGCGCGUGCGGCGGGGGCGGAGGCGGAGGCGAACCGGAGCCGCCGCCGCCGCUCGUCCCCACCAGCCCGGGCUUCAGCGACUUCAUGGUGUACCCGUGGCGCUGGGGCGAGAACGCGCACAACGUGACGCUCAGCCCCGGGGCCGUCGGGGGAGCCGCCUCGGCCGCCCUGCCCGCCGCCGCCGCCGCGGAGCCUUCGGGGCUGCGUGGCCGCGGCGCGCCCCCGCCCGCCGCCUCGGGAGGCGAGGACGACGAGGAGGCGAGCAGCCCGGAGAGUGGCCACAAGGAUGGAAUCCGACGGGGCAGACCUAGAGCAGACACUGUUCGGGAUUUAAUAAGUGAAGGAGAGCAUUCAUCCAGCAGAAUCCGUUGUAAUAUCUGUAAGAGGGUGUUUCCCCGGGAAAAAUCACUCCAGGCUCACAAAAGGACUCAUACAGGUGAAAGGCCCUAUCUGUGUGACUACCCAGACUGCGGAAAAGCCUUUGUUCAAAGUGGACAGCUCAAAACACACCAGCGUCUUCACACUGGAGAGAAGCCUUUUGUUUGUUCAGAAAAUGGUUGUUUAAGCAGAUUCACCCAUGCGAACCGCCACUGUCCAAAGCAUCCUUAUGCUAGGUUGAAGCGAGAAGAACCCACAGAUGUGCUCAGUAAGCACCAGGCUGCGGACAACCAGGCUGUUGCUGAGUGGCUGGCAAAGUACUGGGAGACUCGAGAGCAGCGCACCCCCACCUUGAAGGGGAAGCUAAUUACGAAGGCAGAUCAGGAGCAACAGGAUCCCCUGGAGUACCUGCAGUCUGAUGAGGAGGGCGAUGAGAAGAGCGGGGCUCAGCGCCGCCUGCAGGAGCAGCGGGAGCGCCUCCAUGGGGCCCUGGCACUCAUCGAGCUGGCCAAUUUGAGCGCGGCGCCACUUCGCCAGUAA